CCGAGUUUCCGGACGGGAAAGGGAGAAGAGGCAGGCAGGGCACAACAAGGAACGAACGAACGCCUUCCUGCAUGCAUUAAGCCGCAUCUUUCUUCCUUUCUUUCUUCAUCAGGUCCUGCCGCCUUGCCGACACCGACUGGCUGGGUCAUGCUGUCAACUUCCGUCCGAAUCUCACGACCCCGGAUUCAACUUCAUCCUACCUACCUUGACUUCCCAGAAAAGUCUAUCUUCUCAUGGCUCUCUGUCUCCUGCCAACUCGACUCCAUUCACUCCGUCAUUCAGCACAACCUUACAGCCAUCCAACGCAAGAGAGAAUUCCAGCAGCGCAUAGAUUGUGCCAUCAGCUGUACCGACUUCAACUCGGGUUCUCCUCACCGGCAUUCCCGCCUGCGGCAUUGGUUUCGGCUGGCGCACCGCCUCGGUUGGCUUGAUUUCUUACCGCAAGUGCCACUGAGCAAUUUGACGCAUCCGCACUACCUACUCUGUCUUUGGCUUGACUUGACCACUUUCAACGGUCGCUCGUAUACCUCUUCAAGCCUCGUCGUCGGCUGUAGCAAUUCCGCCAUUAACGGUUACAGUCAUCUGCUUGCCACAGCGUCUCUUUGGGCUUCUGUGUGUCGUUUGGAUUCGCGUCGUCUUGCUCGCGUUCUGUCGUGUUCAUUGGCGAAACUUGAGUUGUGGGAUUAAUGUGAGCAUUCCUAUGUCGCUAAGAAAGACAGACGUCCGUUCCGUCGCGGUAGGCGUCGAUCAGGGCGUCGUCUGGCUGUCAACCACACAUCUGCAACAGGCUACGCGCGUCAACCGUCAUUCGCUCCACUCGGGACAAAACACUCACAGCAACACACAACCCAACCGACCUUGCAGCAUUGACUAGCAAUAGGGUUGAAGGCCUCUCUUGGUCUCAACUUCCUUCCCCCAAGUCCAAAAAGAUAUGGCAU